AUCUAUUCUGCGUUGGCCUAAACGUGUUUGCUCCUGUUUGUUUUCUUGACAUUUGUACAAAGUGUUUGUUUUCUUUAUUUAAUUUCGCUUUGUUUACUUAUGUUCAGUUGCAUUUCGUCGUGUAAAUAGAAGUGUAAACUGUGUUUGUCUUCUGUCGCAGUGUAAACAUCUUAAAGAUGAGUUUCUAUAAUACGCCAUUGAAACAUGGCAAGGGUAUCAAUAAACCCUUUCGAUCGCCUCUUAUUACUGGCGAUAAAAAUGACAGUACACCGAAAAGAGACAGUACGCCUUUAAGAUUAAAUCCAAAUUUAAAUAAGAGAUCAUUAGGUUUCAAAUCUCCGAUGAAUUCUCGAGGAUUUAAUUCACCAAUGAAACCAUUAUUGUUGACAUCACCGUCGAAAGAUUCAGAAGUUGAAACGAAUAAUUAUUCGUCACCUUUGAAAAGAAUAGAAAAUAAUUUACCAUUAAAACGUUCGAAACAUAAUUCACUAAAGCUUCAAUAUGAUGAUUCAUCUUUACAAAAAUCUGAAAUUAAAUUACAUUUGAAUUCAUGCGAAAAAGAUUCGUUUGUACAAUCAACCAAAUUCAUCAAAUCAACAAGUGAAAAAGAUGAGAAUUCAGAUAAUAAUUCUCUUCGAGAUAAAAAUUGGAUCAUUAAAAAUGAAGAAGAAGAAGAAGAAUCGUCUGAGAAUUUUGAAUUUAAGAAAACUCCUCCAAUUUCACCCAAAAGUCAACAAGCAAUAAUUGAGAGUCCAGAGUAUCAACCGGUCGUAAAACUUCAGCGUUUGAGUCCAAGUAUUGUAAAUAUAUACAAACAAGAUUUGAUCCUAUUGAUUCAGAGGAUAAAUGUCAAGAAACAAGAAAUGGUCGAAUUGAGAGCGAAAAUUCCCCGGGAAAGAAAGCAUAAUCUUGAGGAAAUAAUGAUGUCGAUAGGGAAAUGGAGAGAGGCGUUUGCUGAUGCUUUAGAAACAUUACGUUCAAGUUUAACAGAAAAAAAUGGACGUUAUUUUAGUGCAAGUGAAGUCUUAAAAAUAUUAUCCAUUCCACAUGACAUAGUUCAUUUUUCCGAGGAAGCGAAUGAUUUCAUUUUCCCAAAAAUUUAGUCCAUAAGAAAUUUUAUAAAUUCUCCAAAAGAAAAAUUUAAGUUAAGAAAUUUACAAAUUUUUUAAAGGAAAAAAUUGAAGUUAAAUUUAAGUUUAUAAAUUAUUUAUAAAUUCUUUAAAGGAAAAAUUAUUAUUCAAUAUUUUCCAUGUGAAUGAGAAAAAAAAAGUAUUUGUGUCGAGUAAGUAAAUAAUUCUUGUAAAGAUAAUAUAUAUUUUUCUACUAAAAUGUGGCUGUAAUAAAAUAAUAUUAAUUUUGUAA